CGUGUACAUCAAACCCGUACUUCAAAAUGCAACAAUUGGUGUUGAUUGGGCUAUUAGUUGGCUUAGUAGUAGGAGACUCUUAUAAGCCAAGUGGUUGGCGGCCGUCUGGUCCAUCCUUUUCAUUGCAUCAAAACAAUCGAUUACACUCGAACGAGUAUAAUAGUAUACCGGCAGCUCCGUACGGUCCACCGCCGGCAGACUCUUAUCCAGGUCCUUCAAAUACUAUCGCUCCAUCGGAGAAUAGCGCCGGAGAUACUUCAACAACAGAGACAGCCCCGAGGAUGACGUCGACAGCUACGACAAUAACCACCCCACGGACAAGGGAACCGACGACUCCAUUUAGCGUUGAAGAUGAUGAUUCCCAACUUAAUCCUGCUCUCGCUGUUGCCAAUUCUUUUGCAUUCAAUCGACCUGUUUAUAUCUACAACGGAUAUCCGCUCUAUCCUGGUCUCACGUUUGUUAAAUAA